UCGCGACCGGAAGUCGCAGCCCUAACUUCAGACGGUGACGAACGCCCGACUCGCGCUCGCGUUUAGCAACAGAUGAUACACGUCUCAUUUCCAUCAUAAUAGCGACGUUAUCUCAGCCCAGCGCGGUGAUAAUAACAGACACGACUAGCUGGCUCCUCUGACAGGACGUCGUGAUGUUCGUGUGCUUUGCGAGGCUUCGUCUGAACGUGGCGCCCUAGCUGACCAGGGCUAGCCGAGCUGUUAGCGAGUCUCCGCUCCGAGUCUCCGCCGAUCACUCUCUCCACAUCCACCGCCAUGGACGCGCUCUGGACGGCGCCCCUCCUUCCCUUGCUGCCGCUGCUGCUGCUACCGCUCCUGAUGUGGACCAGCAGCACCUUCGUUUUCUACUUCAAAAAGUGCUUCUACGUGGCCUGGAUGAUGUGUCUGGCUCUGCUGGCCAUACCGUUAUGUGUGCUGAAGAGUGGGGGACGAGACGUUGAGAACAUGAGGCUGAUCCGUUCCCUGGUGCGCCACGUGAAGUACUUCCUGGGCCUGCGGUUUGACGUGAGCGGCUGGGAGCACCUCCAGACAGAAGGGCCCUAUGUCAUCAUCUCCAACCAUCAGAGCUCCCUGGACGUGCUGGGCCUGAUGGAGGUGCUGCCCGAUCGCUGCACCAUGAUUGCCAAGAAGGAGCUGAUCUACGCCGGCACAGUGGGCCUGGUCUGCUGGCUGGGCGGCAUCGUCUUCAUCAACCGCAAGAAGACCAGCGACGCCAAGAGCGUCAUGGCGGAGGCUGCGAAGACCAUGCUGGAUGACCAGAUCCGCCUGUGGGUGUUCCCCGAGGGAACACGGAACCAGAAAGGAGAUCUGCUGCCCUUCAAGAAAGGGGCCUUUCACCUGGCUGUGGCCGCGCAGGCACCCAUCAUUCCCAUCGUCUUUUCAUCGUACAGCAACUUCUACCUACGGAAAGAGAAGCAGUUCAAUUCUGGCACCAUCCGAUUGAAGAUCCUGCCGAAGAUCGACACCAAGGGCAUGACGUCGGAUGACGUGGGCGCGCUGCUGGACACGUCGUUCAACGCCAUGCUCACAGCCUUCCGGGACACCGCCGACUCCGUGCCCCAGAGCAAUGGCAUCCUGCACCACUGAACCCGCCCCGCCUCUCUGCUGCUUCUCCCCCCACCCCACCCACCAGAUGAUCCCUGACCCCCCCCCACCCCGACCAGGAAGUGACAUAAGACGUUGGUUGUGCCCACGUGGCCGUGUUGUUGCGGGCCUCUCUAGUGGGCCCUCCCCCUUCAGCACAGUGUGUCCUUAGACCUAGCUGUUUCCCUGGCGCCAGAGGUGUGACGGACACCAUUGUCCCCACCCCCCUCCUCCAGCCCCCUUUCUGUAUGGAUGUCUGAUGUGAAGUUGUCAUACAAGCAUGCAUUUUGUUUGGAUCGCUCGCUUCAUUCGUUUUUAAUACAUUGUCCUCUUUUUCUUUUGGCCUUUUCAAAGUCCUACCAUUUCAAGUGUCUUCAUCAAAAGCAUUGGUUUGUUUUUGCCUCCUCGUUCGUUGCCGCUUCAGUUCUGAACAUGAAUGUUUAUUUUUUAUUUUUUUGCUGUUUUAUUUUCAUAUAAGUGUCAACGGACGUGUGGGUUCUGCUGCCUUAGCCUCAGUGAGCCGUUCCCUCGCGUCCACACUGCUUUAAGGACCCUCUGGUUCUGGUUGACUCCUCCCCUUCUCUGCAUUCCACUCUCCUGCGUGUUUAUGUGAGCGGCGAGAGGAGCGGGAAUCACUCCAGAAUUGUUUACUUGCGUCAUCAGGAAACAAACGUGUCCACUUUGGCUUUAAACCUCACCGACUGCUCUAGGUACAACACGCCGUAAGAACGCCAUACGUGAAGGGAGGAGAGAUUGCCGGAAGAACGAUGGAUACAGAAAAGGGCGCCAUACUUCAUGAAUGGACUUACAAUUUACAAAGUUGUGCAUUGUUAGCUGUACUACCUGCUUUUGGCUUUGAGUUGUUUUGCUUGCUUUUUUCCAAUGACGAGUUCACGCUCUGCAUGGCACAGGACGCAACGCACAUCUUCUCCCUGGAUCCGCGGGUCUUUGAGCUCUAUUUAUUCCCACUUCUGAUUUGCCUUUUCAUUUUUGUAUUCUAAUUUUUUUCCCCAGCUUUGCCCAUCCUGAACCAUUUAUACAGGUGAACAUGCUCCAUACGUGUCAAAGUUAGGUUUUCAGUUAAGUGCCAUGUACGAACUAGUGAUAUGGUGGAUGUCCAGAAGUGAAGCUUCCUGAUGGUGUGUUCUAGAGGCCUUCAGGAGACCCUGUUGUUCUCUGUGGUUCUCCAGGCCUCUGCGCUCUGUUCCGCUUCAGUUGACAACCAUUAUCUAUCAGGGUUACGGUUAGCAUUCACAAAGUGUCGCAAAGCGUUUGAAUUAUUCCCCAUGUGUUCCAUGAACAAACGAGGGACUGGUCCGGUCUACGUCAUCUUCUACCAGAAGGGCUUGGCCAGCUGCUGUCGUAGGAAGUUCAAGAACAGCUUCACUCUCUUCUUUUUAAAUUGUACAAUAUUGUAAUGAAACAGCGGUUUUAAUUACUUGAUAUUCCGGUGAAGUAUGACCGAAGAUAUAUAUAUCUAUAUAUAUAUUUCAAACAUACUUUGGUAAUUCUUUCAGGCCAAUUUCCUUCUAAAGAUAUAUAAAUUGUAUUAUUGUAAUUGAGUAUUAAAGGUUAAUCUUAUCAGAUUGUAUCUGACAGAAGUCCCUAUGAUCUGUGGUGCAGCUUGGUUUUGAUUUGCAGUCAGGUCAGCUCAUUUCAAACGGCUGCUAGCAUUCACCCUCGUCUGCAGGUUCAGUAGCUUGUCUGGAGCCCGUUAACGGCAUGUGAGAAUGUACAUAGCAUUCAGCAACUCCUGUGCUUCUGACGCAGCCAGCCCACGCGUGUGGAGGGGAGAUAUCAUACUGCGUUUGGGUCGGCACGUCGUCUCAUUGGUAUUUAAUUGAAACCAUUGGCCCAAGUGUUCCUUUUUAGGAUCAUUAGAUGUUGAGACUUGCCUUUGGAGGAAACGCUAUUCGAAGAAUCAUAUACAUGUUCUUGUUGUGAGACUAUAUGACGAUGGUCAUCGUCACAGAGCAGCUUGUAACGGAGCCUGUUUCAUCACCAGGCGUGAGGUUGAUCGGUCAUCACGAGGUGUUCUAAAAUGGAGCCGUUUGUGAAAUCACACAUGGGCGUGUCCACCACAGAGGUUGGAUUGUAACACUAGUCAUCUACCCUUCAUAGAGCUGGGUUGUUGAACCCAGAAUUUCCUUGUGACAUCACAAGUUCCUAUUUGCGACUAGAUCAAUUUUUAAGUGGCUUGUAAUGACUAAUCCAUCAACCUCACAGCAGGGUGUUGAAGAGGGGAGCUUUAAGGAUAUAGCUGCUGCUCUUAUAGAAUAAACAACAUAUAUUUAAUUGCCAAAAAUAUUAUUGCUCAAUAAUAAUACUAAAGUAUGUUAUAUAAUAUUAUUUUCCCUUUCAUAUGUAUAUUGAAUAAGGUUCUGAUCAUUUGAGUUUUAUCUUGGCAGGCUGAAUAUUCUAUGAUACAAAAAAAACCUGUUAUCAGUUUAUUUAAGUCACUAAUUUUGAUAAUUGAUGUUUAACAAGUUUAUUUUGUUUUCAUAAUAAUCUAUGAUUUCAAAGUGUGUUAUGAGCUUUAAAUAAUGGCUUUCAGGCUCUGCAACAAUCCUGCUGUUUUGAUUGGGCUCUUGUUCAUGAAGUUAGUGAGAAGAGGUUGGGAAAUACUGGUCUAGAAUACUGGUGUAUUCUAGACCAUAUAAAAGCACCUUUGAAAUGUUGCAUUCAGGUGGUGUGGGACAAACAAAUGACGUUCACCAAAGCUAUAGACUGAAAUGAAAAACAGCACUGGCACACGCAACCUGCUCAGCCGUGUGUGUGUGUGUGUGUGUGUGUGUGUGUGUGUGUGUGUGUGUGUGUGUGUGUGUGUGUGUGUGUGUGUGUGUGUGUGUGUGUGUGUGUUUUUUCCAUGGUGUGAGUGAAUGCAUACACACUUUGCAUCAAAGCCCAUUGUAGUAUCUAUUAAACACGGAUGUGGUGUUCUCGAUUUCGCCAAUAAUGCGUUAUGUGAAUUACAUGGCCAAAUAAAGCUCAUGUUUUGUUUUUUUCUUAA